UUUGAAAAAGAGAAGAAAGGAACCUUCAAAGACCCAUUUGUCUAUGAGACGGAUGUUCAAGUGCAGUUAAUCAACAAAGGUCAACCAAACCCUCUUAAAAACAUUUUAAGUGAAAAUGACAUCAUAUUCAUCAUGGAAAAAGUGCCUUUAGAAAAGGAAGAAACAGAUUCUAUUGGAGAAGUACAUUCUGAAGAAACUGCUAUUUCUGUCCUCUCUGCUGGUGAGAAUGUUGGACCACUUGCUUUACCAGUUGGGAGAGCAAGGCAGUUAAUUGGACUUUACACAAUGGCUCAGAAUCCUAAUAUGACCCAUUUGAAUAUUAAGCAGCCAGUUAUUGCCCUUCCUCCUCUUUGGAUAAGAUGUGACAGUUCAGAUCCUGAGGGAACCUGUUGGUUGGGAGCUGAGGUCAUCACGACAAAUGACGACAUUACUGGCAUUGUCUUCUCUGUGGUUAGCUGUAAAGCUGAUAAACAUUGUUCUAUGCGUCUUGAAGACCUAAAAAGUUCACACAAGAAAAGACAUCAUUUGUCUACUGUCACAUCCAGGGGCUUUGCCCAGUAUGAACUCUUCAAGUCUACUUCCUUGGAUGAUCUAGCCUCUGCACCACAAACUACAAUCACUUUGAAUAUUUCCUGGAGUCCAGUGGAUGAGAUCCUUGAAAUCCCACCCCUCUCUGCAUCUGCGACUCUGAAUAUUAAAGUGGAAUCUGGAGAAUCAAGAAGUCCUUUGAAUAAUCUUCACCGACAACUGAAGUUUCUUCUUGUGUUAGCUGAUGGUUUGAGGACUGGUGUAACUGAGUGGCCUGAGCCUUUGGAAGUGAAAUCUGCUGUUGAACUUGUGCAACAAUUUCUAAAUGACUUAAAUAAACCGGAUGAAUUUGAUGAUUCUACAAAAAAAGACACAGAGGUAAGUAAUUUAAAGCACGAUGCUGCUGCGGCGGAGCGUUCCCUUGAGAGCAUGUUCUCGGCGCGGGGCGACCUUGAUUUUGCUGAGCAGCUGUGGUGCAAAAUGAGCAGUAGUGUCAUUUCCUAUCAGGACCUGGUGAAAUGUUUCACAUUGAUCAUCCAGAGUCUGCAGCGUGGUAACAUCCAGCCAUGGCUCCAUAGUGGAAGUCAGAGUUUGCUGAGUAAGCUAAUUCACCAGUCAUAUCAUGGAACCAUGGACACAGUUUCUCUCAGUGGGACUACUCCAGUUCUGAUGCUUUUGGAAAUUGGUUUGGAUAAAUUAAAGAAAGACUACAUCAGUUUUUUCAUAGGCCAGGAGCUUGCAUCUUUGAAUCAUUUGGAAUUCUUCAUUUCUUCAUCUGUAGAGAUACAAGAACAGGUUUCUCGUGUUCAGAAACUCCACCAUAUUCUAGAAAUAUUAGUCAGUUGCUUGCUUUUCAUUAAGCCUCAACACGAGCUACUCUUCUCUUUAACACAAUCCUGUAUAAAGUAUUAUAAACAAAAUCCUCUUAAUGAGCAACACAUUUUCGAGCUGCCGGUCCGACCAAUUGCUAUGAAAAACUUAUAUCAAAGUGAGAAGCCACAGAAAUGGAGAGUGGAAAUAAGUAGUGGUCAAAAGAAGGUGAAGACAGUUUGGCAACUAAGCGAUAACCCACCAGUAGACCAUCUGGAUUUUAGCAAACAUGAUGUUUCUGAAUUAAUGCUCAAUGGUAGCCUAGAAGAAAAGACGUACUUCACUAACAUGAUUACCUGCAGCCAAGUACACUUCAAGUAA